AUACUAUCAAUGGAUUUGUUAAAACACGAAACAGUAAAUCUUUGUACAAAGCACAAACAACCAAAGUUGGCUCUCCAAACAAUCUCCUUUAUUACCAUUAUCCAUACAAAGGGCAGGUAACCAGCUCAGUAAGAGAUUCUUUUGAAGCCAUAUCCUGAAGCAGUCAGAACAAUCGGCUCCAGCCAUCAUCAUCCCUUUCACGUCCAUCGCAGACCCUUUAUUCAGCCCACUGUCAUUAACAUAAAUACCCCUCUUCAACUGCGUAGAUGUGUUCGGUACCAGUGUUCUCGGCCUGUCGGAACCCGAACUGGUACGACACUCUUCGUUUGCAGCUCUGGAUGUCAGUUCUUCGAAACGUACUAACCAAGCUACAAAGGCUGACACGGCGACGUACUCUAUCAAAGUCUGACAACGGUGUUAUGGAGCAGCCUUCUAACAGUGUUCCAUCGCCUCCCAGGUCCGAAGAGUGGUCUACUAGUCGAGGGUCACCUUCAGUAAACAUGUCGAUUCCCAGUCAUGAAUUACAUUGGCCAUUUGACCAAUUAAGCUCUGAAUCUCGUACUCGCACAUCCACUUCAGAGAAUUCUUAUGUGACCAAUGGGCAACAAGACCCUCUGGAUGGUGAAAUCACAUAUGGCACGGCCAAAGUGGCUUAUAUUUUCUCAAAAGACGAUUACCCUCUAUACGCGCGCACCAUACAAGCUGGGAAAGUUGCGCAGAAGUCUCGGUCUCGAUCGAGUCCAGCAACGAGUCGCUGGUGAUAGUAGAAAUGCAAUGGAUUGUAUACUUAUUACGUAUUAAUAUUGACCUUUUUGAGAUUCUACAGUCU